CAUCGCGGGAAUUCCGUUGCCUUUCUCGACCUUCUGGCCGUAAGAAUUUCCUCGUUUAUCCGCCACUGGAUUUCCAGGCAUGCACAUGACGUGGCGGACGCGCGGAGCGGUCACGGACUCUGACAAGUGGACGGACGCGCGCCGCACGCUCGCUGACCAAGCAGACUCAAUCGCUCCGCGCAAGCAAAUCGUUCUCGUCGCAGGCACGUCGCAGCAUGCGCCUCGAGUCGCUCUGAUUGCUACACAGAAAGACAUCGCCGCCAAUAUAUCGCGUGGCUGCUCGUCGGCCUGAUUGAAGGAUAUGGAUCCAGAGAAUGUGGGCAAAGAAACUAUUGUAAAAGUGGCAGAUUGGUUGCGUGGAAUUUGGGAAAUGAGACGACGUGCCGGUGGACCAGUUCAGCAAUGGAUUGAUUCCAUACCAUCAUCUGCGAAGUCGGAGGAUGUUGCCAUCGCAGGGGAGUGUCAAGAACACAAUCCGAACUGCGAGCACAAAUUGUUAACACCAACCGAGCCUAAGGACAUUCCACUUUCUAAGAACUUAAAGCCUCCAAGUAUGACCGUAUCGGCGCCUAUUAAUGUUCCUAAUUCUUCAGAAAUGAAUACUACAUCGGUAUUACCUAGUUCGCUUCCUCAUCAGAGACUGGCGCGAGACGCGAGCUUUCAGUCGGAUAGCAGUCAUUGCAGCAGCGUCGAGAGUUUACUGGAAUUACGAAGGGCGGAUCCAGCAGCGAUUUUGCUCGAUCUCGGUUUCGGCGGCUCCUCGACCAGUCCACAGGAGAACGGUACAAUUUCUCGCAUUCCUAGAAGGUUCCUACAGCCGUCGUCGUUACGAGGCAUCGCCAUAGAUGAAUUUCUUAAGCAGCAACAGGAGACCACCGAAUCUUUUGAUUCGGUAUCUUUAGGAUAUAGAGGCCUAACAGGAUCGCCAUAUGUAGCCCCAUCGGAAAUUGUACAAAAGAUCAUGGAACGCUUGCGUGAACACGAAAGCCAUGAAACAGAUACGAGUUUGUUUAAUUACGACCAGUACAGUUCAAUGCAGCAAAAUGGAAGGCUUUCCGUGUUGUCUCCUGAUAACAGGCAAUUCUUGGAACAGCCACGUUCCAAAAGUCCCGACAUGCGCAACAAGCGUAUGAUUAUAGGACAAAAGUCAUUUGCUUUCGGACACGAUGGAAAUUUAAUCGAAAUAUCUCCUAAUAACGCGAAAUUUACGCGCGAUACAGAAAAUGAUCACAACAGCUCAUUAGAUGCCGAUGAAUGCGCAGAAUUAAAGCAAUCGUCUCCGGAAGAAAGUACAUUCGAACACCGAUAUCUCUCAAAGUUUGACAGAAAGCUAGCGAAACAAUUGUCAUUUGACGAUACCGUCGAAUUUUCUGAAGCUGAUCAAUUAUCAAAAGAUGAUCGGGGGAGUCAAAGUAGCUUAAAUAUUGCUCAAUGUGGCAUCAACGUAGAUGAUAGAGAACAAGAGUACAAGGCACCAGAUACUACUCCUGAAAAACAUGAAUUUUCUGAUACUCGAAGGGCUAGCGAUGGUUCGUGUGACACUGAAUCCUUUAAGAAUAAAAUACCUUACGGGAGACGAUUUAGUGAUAGCGCGAUGCGCAUUGCUGAUCGUCAAAGCAAAGAACACGCGUUAUCGCAAAAAAGAAGAAGUCUCAAAAGACAGUCUAGAGUAUGUGAUACAAGCGCAAUACAUUAUUGCGAUCUAAGUCCUAUUAGAUCUAGCAUACCAAGUAUAGUAAUAGUAAAACCUAAUGUAGAUAAUGAAGUAUUGAAUGACGGAAAUGAUAGUACAUAUCAGUUAAAUAUACCAAAAUCUUUCGAGUUAACCGAAUGUAAAAGCGAUCUGGAGUUAAAAACGGAAUCUUCAUUUAGUAAAUCUGAUGAUGUACCUUCGCCUUCAAAUAUUAGGGAGUCUAUCAACAGAUUAGAACGUUUUGAAACUGCACAGGAAGAUUCGGCGUCGAGUGAUCAAUCUUGUACAGAAGAUAAUUACGCUUGUUGUUACAAAGGUAAAGUAUGUAAGGAUCGUAAACAUGAUAAAAAUUGUCCGGAUUGUUGUUGUUACGUUGAUAAACGAAAGUAUCGCAAAAAGAUGGCGAAAAUCAUGCAGGAAAAUAAAAGAUUAGAGGAUAUGCUAGCGAGAAGUAGGAGAGAGGUAGCAGAGAUUCGCGAUAUGCUGAGCAGUGUGUUAUCAGUCAGGAUGGAACCGGGAUUUUAGAAAUAGAUAUAGUAGAGCAAUUGCCAAUUUUGGUAAAACUAUCAUAUGUGAUAUAACUGGAUAUGUAUAUUACAAAGAAUUAAGACCUCGUAGAAUUUUGGACUUUCUAUUUUACACUUUGAACUGAUCUAUUUCUUCUACUUGGAAAAGUCAAAUAUUUUCGAAGUUAAUUUUUUGUAGGAAAUUAACAAAAAAUGUUUCUAUAAUGUACAUCUAAGAACAAUCCUUUUAGCAUUUAUUUUACCUCAAAAAAA